CAAUCGCUCCGCGUGAGUUCAAGUGAUACGACAGAAUCCGGCGAGCUCGCGCUCUUUCUCUCGCGCCCGCUUCCUUCUUUAGAGUCAUGACAGCUGGAAGGCGGAGAGGCUUCGCGACGCCAUAAAGAAACUUUCGGUUUAUGUGUUUUGUGUGGCGUUUACCGCGCAAACGUCAGGAACUAUCUGUCCGCAAUGCUUUUGUUACUUUGUUUAACACCGUAAUCUGUAACAAAAACCUGCAUAUUGACGCGAGUAAAGUGGAAAACUGUAGCCGGUUCCUGAUAUGAGGGUUUAAAGGAGCACAUUCCAGAUCUCAGAGGGAAACUGUUGUAUGACCCUGUUUUAUCAAUCCUGACCCCAGUGGACGAAACGCUCUUGAUGCAUGUGGGUUAAAUUAUUUUAAACUAAUUCCUUACAUACAUCCUUGAGAAGAUAGAACAGACUCCGUCUAUAAAAUAUGGACACAAGUAUUAACUCAAUUUAAAGAAGCACGCAAAGUAACACAUUAUUGUUGUUGUACAUCGUUGGAUAUUUCAACAAUGACGUCCUGGCUGGAGAGCAAUCCUCGGUAUGGUGGACUUCUAAUCAGACAGAAGAAACAUGGUUCUUUAUCACUAAGUGAUCACCAGUUGUGUCUGUAUUUCUUCAUGACAUGUGGAUGGAUCUAGAUAUUAUUAAACUGCACUCGCCUACAUAUAUCAGUGACAUUCCUGCUGUGAAGAAUGAUAUGUCCAAAAAAGAAGAGGCCCAUCAAAGAUGAGGAUUUUUCCGCCAUUGUUGUGCCCUCCAUGAGGGGUCAUGGGUACUUGGAUUACACUGUUGAAAGUCAUCCCUCUAGGGCCAUGCAGGUCAUGGAUGAGUUUCGACAUCAUGAGAUGCUGUGUGAUCUGGUUCUUCAUGUGACGUACAAAGACAAGACAGAGGAUUUUAAGGUACAUAAACUGGUACUGGCCGCCUGCAGUCCGUAUUUCAAAGCCAUGUUCACCAGUAAUUUCAGAGAAUGCCACGCCUCUGAGGUCACCCUAAAAGACGUGUGCCCCCAGGUCUUCAGCCGCCUCAUUGACUUUGCCUACACCUCCCGCAUCACGGUGGGCGAGAAAUGCGUCCUUUACCUUCUCCUGACCGCCAUGCGUUAUCAGAUAGAAGAGGUUGCCAAAGCGUGCUGCGAUUUCCUCACGAAGAACCUGGAGCCGGCGAACGUCAUAGGCAUCUCCAGAUUCGCAGAGGAGAUCGCUUGCAACGAUCUGCACCUUCGUACAAGAGAAUACAUCAACACUCACUUCAACGAGGUAACCAAAGAGGAGGAAUUCUUCAGUUUGUCUCACUGUCAGCUCCUGGAGUUGAUCAGUCAAGACAGUAUAAAGGUGCUAUGUGAGACCGAGGUCUACAGAGCCUGCAUCGACUGGGUCCGCUGGGACACUGACAACCGUGCCCAGUACUUCCAUGCCCUCCUGAAUGCGGUCCACAUCUACGCCCUGCCGCCCACGUUCCUCAAAAGACAACUGCAGUCCUGCCCCAUUCUCAGCAAAGCCAACUCCUGCAAGGACUUCCUGUCCAAGAUCUUUCAGGAGAUGGCUCUCAGAAAACCCUUGCCUCCCCCUCCUCAUCGCGGGACCCAGCUAAUCUACAUAGCUGGGGGUUACAGGCAACACUCCCUGGACUCUUUAGAGGCCUUCAAUCCGAAGAAGAACGUCUGGCUAAAGCUAGCGGGGAUGGAAUCUCCCUGUAGCGGCUUAGGGGCCUGCGUGUUAUUCGGCCUUCUUUAUGCAGUCGGCGGACGGAACCUCUCUUUGCAGAACAACACCGAGUCUAGAUCUUUGUCCUGCUACAACCCCAUGACAAACCAGUGGACCCAGCUGGCUCUGCUCAACACGCCCAGAAACAGAGUGGGUGUUGGGGUCAUUGACGGGAGCAUUUAUGCCGUAGGGGGUUCACAUGCCUCUACACAUCACAACAGCGUUGAGAGGUAUGAUCCAGAGACAAACCGCUGGACAUUUGUGGCUCCUAUGUCAGUAGCACGACUGGGGGCUGGCGUUGCCACGUGCGGAGGGCAUCUAUAUGUGGUCGGUGGGUUUGACGGAGAUCAUCGAUGGAACACAGUGGAACGCUAUCAACCAGACAAUAACACCUGGCAGCAGGUGGCACCUAUGAACACCGUUCGGAGCGGUCUCGGCUUGGUGUGUCUGGACACUUACCUCUAUGCAAUUGGUGGCUAUGAUGGUCAAACUCAGCUCAAGUCAAUGGAGAGAUAUAAUACAACAUGUGAUGUUUGGGAGCCCAUGGCCUGUAUGAACCAGUGCCGCAGUGCACAUGGAGUGACAGUCUUCCAAUGCAGUAUAUAUGUGUUAGGUGGAUUUAAUCAAGGCGGUUUCUUAUCCUGCGUGGAGUGCUACUGUCCAUGCAGUAAUGUAUGGACGUAUUUAACAGACAUGCCUAUUGGCCGCAGUGGGAUGGGUGUUGCUGUAACCAUGGAACCGUGCCCUGGAAUUCUACCAGAAGAGGAAGAGGAAGAGGAAGAGGAGGAGGUGUGACGGUUUCAGUACAUUUCUGCUGGAUGGAUUCCAGGAAACCCAGCAGUCAUGGUGACACCAAGAAAAAGGGGCUUUGGUAAACCGGACAGUACGUCACUCACAAGACCAUUAAUGUGGUGAAUGUUGGUAUAUGGUUACGUCUCAAAGUAGAUUGAUGUUGAACAAUGGGUCAGGAAUGCAUCCUGGCUAAUACUCAGCAAAAAAGCAAGUCCACUCACUGUCUCCACAUGUUAUGGUUUACAGAAAGUGGCUCAUUUCCAGAUUUAGUCUCAGUGGUUUGUUUACCCAGUGAUCGCUGUUUAAUCCAGACACACGGAGGCCAUGUAAAUUUCCAACUUUAUCAUAAGACAUCUAGUCAACAAUGGCACACCGAGCAAACAGAUUCCAGUCCUUUGGCUAUUCUCUGUGUUGCAGGAUGUGAGGUGUGUGUGAUCAGCGGGAAAUAGAUCUCUCACACACCAACACGUGCUCACAGACACACAGACGAGGCCUUGUUUUGGCUCAUAUUGAAACCUGAUUGGAUGGGAGCAGAGGCCGUCUCUUCCCAGAGCCUGACAAUAUAUUUGAUGACUCACAUGGCAAAGUCAUGACGCAUUCUCCAGCACACGCGCACACACGCACAAACAUCCAACAACAAAUCUCAGGCGCUGCAUUCUUGAUCCGGUGUGACACAUAGCCGCCUUUCAUAAUGCUAGAUGUACUCUGAAGGACUCGCAAUGCUUGGAACGUGAAUACUGACUGGUCAAACAACUAAGCUUGUGACGCCAACCAACGUGAACUCUAGCAGACAUUACGAAUGCAGAGGUGUGGGCUGCAAAAAUGUUUAAUGUGCCUCCCGUACUGGAAAUGACUCACUAAAGCACAUAAAGAUAUUAUAACCACAGCUGACUAAUUUAUUGUCAAUCGCGUAUCUAAGGAGUCGCAUAAGAAAAAUGAUUUAAUCAUUUUAAUAUUAGUAAUCUAAUCUCAAAUGAUAUGGCAUUUGAUUCAUUUGACUUGAAUAGUUCAUUACUCUGUUGUCAUUUUGAACCUGUGAUUUUCUGUCUUCUGCAAAACACAAAAGAAGAUAUUUUGAAAAACGUUGGUAACCAAAAACCGUCGGACCCCAUUGACUUCUAUUGCAUGGACACGAAACCAAUGCAAUUCAAUGGGACCAACAUUUUUCUAAAUAUCUUCUUUUAUGUUCAGCAGAAGAAACUCAUACAGGUUUGAUAUGACAAAAGGGCACAUAAAUAAUAUAGAUUUUUCAUUUUGAUGUUGAUCUAUUCCUUUAAACUAAAUCUCUGCACAUAGGAGGCGCAUAGAUGCUGUAACCAUAUAAUGUUCUUUAAAAAAAUGAACUAGGACUGACAUCAAUGACGAAAAAGACUGUGGUAUCCCACUGCUGGUUUCUUAGUGUCCUGAUCUGUCUAAAGCAGCUAUUAAUGUCAGUCCUCAGUUUACUAAAGAGGGGAACAUGCAACAGUUCAGCAAUGCCAUAUGGCCGCAGCCCAAUACCUCAAUUGUAGUGUCAUGAAACUGCAUACUAUAUUUAAGGUCUAAACUUAUCAUUUUAAGCUUUAUCAGCUAUGUGUACAUUUGGUUGCUGGCUUAGGAUACACAUGGGCUCCAGUUUUGGAUAACAAAUCCAUAUGACCUUGACAGAUGUCAAUCAUACAUGUUUACUGUAAACCUUCUGCAGUGACAAUAUCAAAUGAUCUUUUAAUGUUUAUUACAAGAUAACCAACCACUGUUAAAUAAAUUUUACUCAAAUCA